UCAGCCUUUUCUCAAUUUGAGUGGAUUCAAACAGAAACAGGGCAAAGUCUAUGGUCCAUGUAUAUAUUGCUCUCCGUAUUCUGCACGUACAAGCCCAGUCAUUUUCAGUCCUUGUUUUAAGCGAGACAAGGCACUGGUGUCUUCCUCCUCAUUCCAUUCUCACCAAACCGAAAACCAGAGACCAUGGCUCAUCAUCUCCGUCGUGUCAUCUCCCUCACCGGCUUCACCAUCCUCUCCCUCUCCCUCCUCUUCAUCACCUCCCUGCAAGCUCAAGGAGCCAGCAACUUGGGCGAGGAGAAACGACAGUCGUCGGAGGAGUACGUCGUCCCCGUGCGGAGCGUGGUGUACCGGUCGCGGUCGGUGGCGCUGCCGGCGGCGGCGACGACGGAGGCGGUGGGGUACGAGCCGUUCGAGGUAUGCGAGGGGUGCCGGUGCUGCUCGACGUCGAACGCGAGCAGCUGCGUGGACACGAGCUGCUGCUACUCCAUCGACUGCAACCUCCCGGGGAAGCCCUUCGGCACCUGCGCCUUCACGGCCCAAACCUGCGGAUGCGGCGGCAGCAGCAACUGCACACAGCCCUCCUGAUCCAUCCAUCCUUAGUUGCUCUCCGUGACUUCCUCAUUCACUAAUCUUCUCGUCUCACAGAAGUGCACAACUGAAUUGCGGAUCAAUUCCAUCGGCAUCCAAAUGUAACGGUUUGGUUUGAUGAUGCAACUGCAAACGUAGUAUGCUUUGAUUACUCAUUUCGUGUUCUUCUUCUUUCGGUGACUCCAAUCUCAAUUUGGGUCUGAGAUUGAGCUCUGGGAUUUCCUCAAUUUUUUGUGCUCUGACUAAUCUGAAAAAACAAUAUAUAGAGAGGAUUAAUUCA